CAUAAUUCCACUGGCAUUCAUUCAAUGCAGACGUGAAUAGUCGAACUCGAAGUAAACAGAUCUCGUGAGAAGUGUUAAGUGUCUCAAUUUGUAUAUAGGAAUCAAUCAAUAAGCUAUUUUGAGUGCACUGAACGAUCGUGUCUAAAAAUAAAGAAGUAAUCAAUCAGCUGACUAUGGCAGAAAGUGAUUGUGGAAAUGUUUGUGAUGCCAGCUCAGCGCAGUCUUGCUGCAAGCGCGAGAGAGGCGCCAUCGCCAGCAGCGCAGCAUCAAAAGUAUUUCCCGAUAAGAUCUACAAAUCGGUGCAGCCCAAGGGAGACCAUGUGACGGGCAUGACAUGCGAGUGUGGAGUGUUUGGAGCCAUUGCCUGCGGCGAGUAUCCUACACAGCUGGACAUUGCACAGAUGAUCUGCCUGGGCCUGGUGGCGCUGCAGCAUCGCGGCCAGGAGUCGGCGGGCAUUGUGACCAGCCUGGGCAAGAGCUCCAAGAACUUCAGCGUGCACAAAGGCAUGGGCAUGAUUAACAACAUCUUCAACGACGAGGCCAUUCGCAAGCUGAAGGGCAACUUGGGCAUCGGCCACACCCGCUACUCUACGGCCGCUGCCUCCGAGGUGGUCAACUGCCAGCCAUUCGUAGUUCACACGGCACAUGGUGCCCUGGCCAUAGCGCACAAUGGAGAGCUGGUCAACUGCGAGUCGUUGCGUCGCGAGGUGCUCGAGCGAGGCGUUGGCCUCUCCACGCACAGCGACAGCGAGCUGAUCGCCCAGUCGCUGUGCUGUGCGCCGGAGGAUGUAUCGGAGCAUGACGGACCCAAUUGGCCGGCACGCAUACGCCACUUCAUGACGCUGGCCCCACUUUCCUAUUCCCUCGUCGUCAUGCACAAGGACAAGAUAUACGCAGUGCGAGACUCCUAUGGCAAUCGGCCGCUCUGCCUGGGCAAGAUUGUGGCCUUCGAUGCGGGCCACGCGAAUAUUGAGGAUCAGUUGGCCGAGGGCUGGGUGGUCAGCAGUGAGAGCUGCGGCUUUCUCUCUAUUGGCGCUCGCUACGUACGCGAGGUGGAGCCGGGCGAGAUCAUCGAGCUGUCACGCAAUGGAUAUCGUACCGUGGACAUAGUGGAGCGGCCGGACUACAAGCGCAUGGCCUUCUGCAUCUUCGAGUAUGUCUACUUUGCACGCAGCGACUCCAUGUUCGAGGGCCAGAUGGUCUACUCGGCGCGUCUGCAGUGUGGCAGGCAGCUGGCACGCGAAUCUCCACUAGAUGCGGAUCUGGUCAGCUCUGUGCCGGAGUCGGGCACAGCAGCGGCGCACGGCUAUGCCCGAGAGUCGGGCCUGCCCUUUGGCGAGGUGCUGUGCAAGAAUCGAUACGUGGGACGCACUUUCAUUCAACCCUCGAAUCGUCUGCGCCAACUGGGCGUGGCCAAGAAAUUUGGCGCCCUGGCGCAGAACGUGGAGGGCAAACGCAUUGUGCUUGUCGACGACUCCAUUGUGCGUGGCAAUACGAUUGGCCCCAUCAUCAAGCUGCUGCGCGAUGCUGGCGCCAUUGAGGUGCACAUACGCAUUGCCAGCCCCCCGCUGCAAUAUCCUUGCUACAUGGGCAUCAACAUACCCACGCGCGAGGAGCUCAUUGCCAACAAGCUGAAUGCCACGCAGCUGGCGAACCAUGUGGGCGCCGACAGCCUGGCCUACCUCAGCGUCGAGGGUCUGGUCAAGGCGGUGCAGAUGAACAAGACCCACGUGAACCCCCUCAAGUCCGGCUACUGCACCGCCUGCCUCACUGGCGAGUACCCAGGCGGUCUGCCCGAGGAGCUCAGCUGGUAGAAGCGCACGGAGCCUUGGCCUAGUUAUUUAGCUUUAGCUUAUUGUUUAGCUCAUCAUCAACUCAACACAAUGUUCAUCACGAAGGCAGCUCCUCGAGUUCCGAGUUCAAAAACACAAUUACAAUUUCUAAUGCUUAAGAUAAUCCAAUCUUUCGCUUGUAACAAAUUUAAAUUAUCUCAUCAACCUAGAAGUGUUUCAAAUAAAU